AUCAGGAGGCGCCGGGGCGGGCGGGCGCCCCUGGCGGCGGCGGGGCGAGUGGCGGCGGUGAUGGCGGCCGCCUCGGUGUGGAAGGGGUUGGUGGGGCUCGGCCUCUUCGCCCUGGCCCACGCGGCCUUCUCGGCGGCACAGCAUCGUUCUUAUAUGAGGUUAACAGAAAAGGAAGAUGAAACGUUGCCCAUAGAUAUAGUUCUUCAGACUCUGUUAGCCUUUGCAGUUACCUGCUAUGGGAUUGUACAUAUUGCAGGAGAAUUUAAAGACAUGGAUGCCACUUCAGAACUAAAAAAUAAGACAUUUGACACGUUAAGGAACCAUCCAUCUUUUUAUGUAUUUAAUCAUCGUGGUAGAGUAUUGUUCCAGUCCCCAGACACAGUGAAUUCUUCUUCAAACCAAGAUGCUUUGUCAUCCAGCUCGUCACUGAAAUUUCGAAAACUUGAACCUCUGCGCCGCUAAGACUUUUACAGAUGAUAAUAAUAAUAAUAAUAAUAAUAACCCAGGACACUGAGAUGUAAUAUUGAAGUCGGGGAUGUAAACACUUUUUUUAAUUUCUGGAGCAGUAUUUAUAUUGAUCUUCCAGACUUUAUAAAGUAUAUAUAUAUAUAUAUAUAUAUAUAAAACUAAGGACCUUCUUUGUACACUGUUAAUGAAAAUGAAUUGUGAAUUGGCAAUGCAGUGUAAAUUAUUCUACAGUUAUGCUGUGAAACACACCUUCAAAUUUUCAACUAUUAAAACAAGUUGCAGCUGACUUCAGUUACAAAGCAAGCUAGUUUUUACUUGCAGUUAAUGUUCUUUCACAAGAGGGAAUGUUUGGAUUGUAUUUAUUUUCUGUUUGCUUGCACUACAGUUUAUGGAACUCCUUCAGAAAUACUGUGUGCACUGUAUCACUUACCAGCAGAAAAAGGGGCAGUGUCUCCUGGGGUGCUUAGGAGACCUGCAGGGCAUAGGCACAGGAAGUCAGAAAGAUUGUUUUAAUUUUUAUUUUUUUACAAAAAAACAGUUGUGUUUUUUUCCUAGUUUUUUUUCUUUUUUUAUUACCACAUUAUUUCCUUGUUGCCCUCCUUCAUUUAACUGCAAAGUGUCCUGUGCUGCCCCACGUUGGGUGCCUGGGAUGUGGCUGCACACUCAGUGCCCCUGUGGGGAAGGCAGCUCACAGCUGGCCACGUAGCUCACCCACCAUGCCCAGCUUGUUUUCCUGCUGUGUUUCUGUUCUCUCUGGCUGUGACUCUGGGAAUGUUCAUCAGAUGGCUGAAUGCUGUGCUGGCAAUGCUGCAAGUUCCUGAGUCAGCUUCUAGGGGAGGUGUUUAAGGAUCAAUAAGAAACAUUGAUUGAUAUUGGUCCAGGAGGGGGAUCCAGCAGCCAGGUCUGUUUGCUGGCACUGGUACCAUGCAGGUUAUCAACCCAUCAUGGUACAACUACCCCUGUUUCUGCCAAGAGUCUUUCAAUUUGAUUUCCUUUUUUUCCAGUUGAUUUAAGAUUAUUGUCUUGAUUUCAUGUAUUAGGACAGAUGAUACAGUCUUUAACUCGCACUGACAUCUAAAUUCUCAUUGCCCCUUAGGGGCUGAAUCAAUGCUAAAAUUUCUCUUGGUCUGGCAUUUUACCCUCCUGACAGCAAAGAGAUGGUAGUUUGAGAUACUGAUGGGGCCAACUCGAUUUUUGCCCAGUCUGAGGAAGUCUCACUGCUGCUGUGGAAACUCAACCUUUUGUCCUAGCAUCUGGCUGUUGGUUUGUUUCUUUGUUUGGUUUUUUUUUUUUUUUAACUGUUAAAUAUCAUCAAAGGCAAAAAGCUUAACAAAAAUCCCCCGUAAAGCUGAAGCCUCUUUUCUAGCUCUGCCCAUCCUAUGGAGUGGGUGCCCCAGUGCUAGAGCAAUAUCUGUAGCAGCUGCUCUACAAUCACUCUGGGUUUGGUUAGAAAGGGUUAACUCACUCUGCCAGCUGAAAGCUGCGGGAUUAUUUCCUAAAUUGUCCUGGUUGGUUCCCCCCUGGCUGGUGUCACAAAUCAGCUCCUGCCAGCUGCUGUCACCAAAGGCCUCAAAAAUAGUAAGUAUCAGGUCAGCUCUGUAUUGCAGACAGCUCUUUCCUUGGGGUGCUGAGCAGCAGCCUCUGCAGGGAGGGAUGGGCUGAACAUGGGCCAGGUGACCUUGUGAGGAGGCAGAGAGGAAAGAGAGAACUGGGGGAGGGAGAAGCAAGGCAGGUGGUCAGUAACCACUGUACCAGACUGAUCCUGCAGCUGGCAGUGAGCCGUUCACAGGCUGCUCACCCUUAGUGUCUGAGAAACCCCAUUUGUGAUUUGUGCUGCUGUGAGGCUACAUGGACCUGCCCAAGGUGCUGCUGGGGGACAGGGUGAGUGGAGAACAUCAUCUGCUCCUCAGAGUGGGUCCUGCUAGGAAGAUGCUGUUGACUGCAUCAGGUCUCAUGAGAAAUAGCCUUAUUCUUCAGCAGCAAUGGUUAUAUCACAAAGCUGUACAAAUUAUUUUUUCUUAUUGAUCUCACAAUGUCCAAUAAAAAUUGAAAUCCUUGAA